AUUUGUGACUAGCACAAAAGACCUUCAGUUCAAUAACCUGAACAAACUAUAUACCUCUUGAUACUUGUGAUCUGAAUAAAACGACAGUGAGGAGAAUCAUUCCUAAAUCUGAGCUUAAUCACUAAUGCAUUUAAAUACUGGAGACCCUUCUGAUUAUGACCAUCUAGGAGGCAAACAGCUGAGGUCAACUGAUCUUCUUUCGGGUAAAACCUGCUGAACACUGUAUACUUGUACCUGCAGCAAGAUGUUGGUACCAGUGGGUUUAUUUUUCUGGCUGCUCUCACUGACACCAGCGGCUACUGAAGUGGGUCUUGGUGGUAAAGUGCUUUUGUUUCCAACUGAGACUGAUACCAGCUAUGUUAAACUCAUUCCUGAAAAGCCACUGAGUCUUUCAGCUUUUACUCUCUGCAUGCGUGUCGCGACGGAGCUCCCGGGCCAGAGAGAGAUCAUUCUGUUCGCCUACCGUGUGCCAAAGGUUGAUGAACUCAAUGUGUGGAGAGAGAAAGACGGUCGCGUGUCCUUAUAUAUUCAGUCUAGUAGCAAUGCAACAUUUUUCCGUCUGCCUCCUCUCUCCACUUUCCAGACCCAUCUGUGCAUCACCUGGGAAUCUGAGACUGGUCUUACUGCCUUCUGGGUAGAUGGACGUCGUAGUUUGUUCCAGUUCUAUAGAAGAGGUCACUUAAUUCAUCCUGGUGGCAUCGUCCUGCUCGGUCAAGAUGCUGAUAGAUUUGUGGGUGGCUUUGACGCAAGUCAGAGUUUUGUAGGAGAAAUUACAGAUGUGCACAUGUGGGAUCAUGUUCUCUCCAGCAGUCAGGUUAAGGCAGUUUAUUCAAACCAGGAACCGUAUGUGCCGAAGGGAAAUGUGUUCGACUGGGACACCAUCAAAUAUGAUAUAACUGGCAAUGUGCUAGUUAUUCAAGAUUAGAUAACGGAUUCUGAUCAGUUGUAAUGUCACUUACACUAGUAUGGAAGCAAAAUAAUGAAAUAUGUCUUUGAAACAAAAAUGUAUGCCGAAUAGCACAAACUGAAAAAAUAAUGCAUUGCAUUAACA